GUUUUGCAAUCUAAGGGUUUCGUGUUGCGGGGGUGGUGUGUUUUGCUCAGGUGAAGGAGGUUUCAGAAGAUUGGAGUUGGGGUUCCCAUCUGCUGCAAAAGAAAUGAAUUGAUUGAUUUUGAGGAAAGAACAAGCGCAUAUGAGGAUUUCAACAUGACUACAUGGUAAAGAAUCUAAAGCCCGCCUUACACUCUCUCCCCUUUUUAUCAGUAUAUAUGCUUUGAAGGGUCCUUUAUAUAUGAUGUUGUGGAUUUCACUUCACAAAAGGCUGUUAAGAGUUUUGUAUCUUCGGGAUUCCGGUCAAUGGUAUGGUGUUAUAGCUGCUCCUGAGAUUACAGGUUGGCUGUCUAUUGGUGGAUUUCCGUCCUUUGUUGAAGAUAUGAAGGUAUUCCAGAGGGAAAGGUUGAAUGGGCACUAUGGAGUAACAGCAUUUGUGAUAAGCAACACAAUAUCUGCAAUGCCAUUCCUAAUGUUGAUAACCUUUCUUUCGGGAACAGUUUGUUAUUUCAUGGUUUGGUUGCAUCCAGGGUUUGAGCACUAUAUAUUCUUUGUGCUAUGUCUUUAUGCUAGUGUCACUGUUGUUGAGAGCUUAAUGAUGGCCAUCGCCAGCGUUGUCCCCAAUUUCCUCAUGGGAAUUAUUACUGGUGCUGGCAUACAGGGAAUAUUCAUGCUUGUUUCGGGCUUCUUCCGGCUCCCCAAGGACAUACCAAAGCCAGUAUGGCGUUAUCCCAUGUCUUACAUCAGUUUCCAUUUCUGGGCUCUUCAAGGGCAAUACCAAAAUGACCUAAAGGGAGUGGUGUUUGACAACAAGACACCAGAUCUACCAAAGAUACCAGGGGAGUACUCUUCUUGUCUUCUUGAUGCUGAGUUAUGUUUGGUCCUAAAGCUUCUUUUUUCUUGA